AUGGAUAAUGACACAUCAGGGUUUCUGCUUUUGGAAUUUUCAGCGAUUUGGGAACUACAAAUUAUGUACAUAACUUUACUACUGAUAGUCUAUCUCAUGAUGGUAACAGGAAACCUUCUCAUCAUCACUGCUGUUGUUUGUGACCACCACCUUCACACUCCCAUGUACUUCUUCCUGAUGAAUUUAGCCACGCAAGACAUUGGUUCAGUUUCAGUCAUUCUCCCCAAAGCUGUUUGGAAUUCUCUGAUGAGUAUAAAGACUAUUUCUUAUUCUGGAUGUGUUGCCCAAGUCCUCUUGUGUUUCUUUUUCUGGACUUGCAAUUUUUCCCUCCUUACCAUUAUGGCCUAUGAUCGGUAUGUUGCCAUUUGCAGACCUUUACAAUAUGAAAUGGUAAUGAACAGGAAGGUUUGCACCAAAAUGGUUGGCAGCGUGUGGAGUGCCGGCUUUCUUAAUGCUUCAUUACACACUAUUGGAACUUUUCUUACUCAUUUCUGCUCUAAUGUGAUCCAUCAGUUUUAUUGUGAAACCCCACAGUUACUUAAGCUUGCCUGCUCAGAUUCAUAUGUAAUUGAAAAUGGAAGUUUAAUAUUUAGUACUACGUUAGUAUUUGGUUGUUUUGUCUUCAUCAUUGCUACAUACGUACAGAUCCUCUCUGCUGUUUUAAGAAUCCCUUCUGUUCAGGGUAGGAAAAAGGCCUUCUCCACUUGCCUACCACAUCUGACUGUCAUUUCCAUAUUUUUGUUUACUGCUGCCUUUGCUUAUCUAAGAGACGUAUCUGACAGUCCAUCCCACCUUGAUUUCAUAAUUACAAUAAUGUAUUCCAUUAUUCCCCCCCUGAUGAAUCCAUUAAUCUACAGCAUGAGAAACAGGGACAUCAAAGUUGCUCUUUCAAGACUUUUUGGUCAGAGGUCAUGUCAUUUUAAAAAAGUGUGA